CCUCCCCUGCCCUCCCUGCCUUCCCUCCCUCCUCCCCUCCCCUCCCUACCCCUGAACCUGCGGGCUCCGCCUUGGAACAGCAGGCGGGACCGAAUCCACCCCUACCCCUCCGCCCGGGCCUGGUGGCCCAGUUCUUGGCGGUAGCGACGACAUGCGGCUCCUGUUCCUGGCAGUACUGAGGCCUCACACUGGCAACGCGGUCACAGCUGGGCGCCUACGGGACCACCUAGAAGCUGCAGGCCACAUGUGUGUUCUGAGAGAUGCCUUUGAUUUUGAAAGCCCAUCUGAAAUUGCCAACCUGAUCAUGGAUGAAAAUCUGGAAGCAGCACUAGCUCUUCACCUCUACCGAGGAGGCAGACUUCUGCAAGGUCACAGCAUUCCUUUCGGGGUCAUCUUUGGUGGAACUGACUUAAAUGAAGAUGCCAAUCACAAAGAAAAAAAGGAAGUCAUGGGGAAAGUUCUGGAGGAAGCCAGGUUUGCUGUGGCUUUCACCGAGGCAAUGAAGGACACAGCUCAGGUGCAGUGGCCACAUGCAACUGGGAAGAUCUUUGUCCAGAGUCAAGGAAUUGCAACAAUACCAAAUGCCAACUUUAACUGGAACACCUUCCUGCAGCAAUCAGAGAUUGACCAAAGCGCUGACAACCUGUACAUAUUCCUUAUAAUCUGUGGACUCAGACCGGUGAAGGAUCCUCUGUACCUUGUGGAUGCAUUCUCAGGUAGAUCCAGUGUUUACAAGGGAAGUGAAAGAGCGGGUGAGGAGGGCUGCAGGGGUGCGGCUGAUCCGAGAGAUGUGCCAGGAAGAUCUGCAUGCAGUGGUGAAGAGCUGCUUUGCGCUGGUCAACAGCUCCGUCUCCGAGGGCAUGUCAGCUGCCAUCUUGGAGGCAAUGGAUUUGGAAGUUCCCGUGCUAGCCAGGAACAUCCCUGGGAACUCGGCUGUGGUAGAGCACGGAGUCACGGGACUGCUGUUUUCAAACCCUCAGGAGUUCAUUCAGUUGGCAAAGAGACUGGUUAGCGAUCCCGCACUGGAGAAGGAAAUCGUGACCAACGGAAGGGAAUACGUGAGGACGCAUCAUUCCUGGCAGGUGGAGAGAGACACCUACCAGCGCCUCAUCAGGAAGCUAGAGACGAACUUGGAGGAUUAAAUGAUGGAAGUCCGUGCUCACCACAUCUGUCCCAACAACCAUCAGGUGCUCAGCUCGGGGCAGAUGCCAAAAGAUGGGACCCAGUCCUGGACCACUGGAAUCCUAGAGUCCCCAGGAACACAUCCAAACCCCACCCCACCCCAAGUCUCUUCCUGUUUGGCAGACAGUUCUGCUGUGCUUACAGCUCAGUUCUGGAUGGACUUAUAGCUCACUUCUGAAAGUGCUUGUGACUCAGUCCCAGAGGUGUUUACAGAUCAGUCAUCAGUGGGCUUGUAGGCUCACUGCUCAGUCCCAGAUGGGUUUGUAGCUCUGUGCAGGAGAUGGAGGUGCAUCUCAGGGGCCUUUGGAGGACUGUUUCAAGGACUGCUUUUACAACGUAUGGAGGCUUAUUUAUAAGCAACAAAACCCAAAAAGGCCAGGAUUGUCAAUGGAGUGGAGCUGGCAGCAUUUUUGAUAUGAUCUUGAUCAACAAGCCAUCAUGGGACAGGGGGGUGGCGGGGGUUGGUAGGGAGGCGGGCUGUGGUUGGCAUGCUAAUUAGCUCUGGAGAGGCUAUGAAUGUAUCAUGUUGUGUCACUUCUCACUAGUGUACCUGAGAGCCCAGCUUGCUUUCCAGAAGAGGCCCUGCCCCCCCUGUAUGACAUCACAGGGAGUCUGGCUCUCAAGAUGGAGGCUGGGAGCCUUAAAUUCAAUGUGGGUGGUCAUUCCUCUUACUGCUAAGGAAUUGAGAACAAGUGUUGAUUGAGUCACAAGACUCCAGACAAUGGUGGGACCCAAGACUGUGACAAGAGGUCACUGGGGUAUGAGAAGUCAAUCUGGGUAGUGGGGGUAUCUUUCGAUGGGAUCUCCCUACAACAGCGCUCCGUUCCUCCAGCAACCCUUUUGUUGAAUUUCAACAAGGCUGUGCUACUGUGAGCAGGACGUGCAAUGGCCACCUGUGUAAGCAGCUUGGAGGAGGAGGAGGAAGAGGAGGAAGAGGAGGAGGAGGGGGAAAGGGAAGGGGAGGAGGAGGAGGAGGGGGAAGGGGAGGGAAGGAGGAGGGGGGGGGACCGCAGCCAAUAGCCACACAUGAGUAUCAGACUGUGGAGGGAACGGAGGAGGAGUCAGAACCCAUAUCAUACUUGCUCCAACUCAGAAGGCACAUCUGGGCCUUUUGCAUUUCAUAGCAGCAGCAAGCAUCUCCUUUUUAGAGAAGCAGGCUGGAAGGAAGCAAGCUUUGUAAACCAGAACAUCAGGGAUGAAAUCAGAGCCCGAUUCGAUAGAGGAUGUAAUUCUCGGCCUUUAUUCUGUACCUCAGAUUCAGCACCGGCACUUUCACGUAGGCUCCAGCAGAGGCAGCAGCAAUCCCUCACUGCUCGAGCUUCAAGCAUUUGCAAGGCGCACUGAGAAAUGUGUCCAUUUCCUUGGCCCUCAGCCUGAGCUGGGGGUCUUACCUCUCUGGGCACAAGAAGGGGUGGGGGUAGAGGGGCGUGGAGAGAAUCACGAGGCCUGAAUCUCCAUAGCAGCUCCUCUGAGCCCAGAGUUCAAACCCACCUCAGGAGAGGUGUGUAGAGGUCAGGUAUCACGGUUGUUUACAAAAAACAGGAUGCUCCGGAAUGCUUGCCUCUCCUUUGCCCAGGGAUGACAUCACUGCCUGACCACUGUGCCAGCAUCUCUAAGCUACAUCUGCAAAUGCUCCUUGGGGAAGGAAGGUUUCUUAACUAAUAAAGCGUGUUACCAUCAGCUAUAUAUAUCUAUUUUUUAAAGCUGCUGUUUAUUUAUUCCAGAAGCACCUCUUGUUGGGAGCAGCCCCAACACCCCACCCCACCCCUGCAACACGGUCCCCAAGAAAACAAAUACAUUACUCGAAUUUCUGAUCAGAGGGGUUGGACACGAACUUAUACUGAAGUGUAACAGCUUUCCCUUUCCGUACCAGACACUUGAAGAACAUAAAGAGGAGCGGUUUCUGCAGACUCAACAGUUUGGAGGUUCUAGUCUAUGCCUGGUUGGCUCUGUUUGGUAUCCAACCCCAGGACAAGGGACAGGGGUGCCUAUUUUACAUACUGAAGCAGACCUGGCCUCCAGGUUUUCCCAGCAUCCCUCAGACCCUACCUGGCAUAUCCUGCCCCCAACUCUGAACUUUCCAGCCCAGGGGCUGGGCUGCCCUUCCCCCCAGAAGCUCCUCCCUAUAUAAUCCAGACAGUUUUGGUCUCUCUCCUCUUCUCUCUCUGUCCACGCAUGCGCAUCCCCUUCUUUCUCUCUCCUCCUGCCCCCUCCUUCCUUUCCCAUUGCAACUUCCCUGGUCUUGAUCCUUGGGGCCAGAGAACUCGCCCACCGGAAAGCAGCUUCCCAAUAAACCUGCCUUUAAUAUAA